AUGAUGGAUUCUUUAGCUAAAUGCUUCAACGGACUUCAAGAAAGGUGCGAGCACGUUCUAGAAGCAAAACCCAUAUACCCAGACGACUUUGACAUAACUUUGCCUCUCAACGGAUCAGAGGUGUCAGUAGAACCCACCAAAAAGACUCGGUGCUUGGAGAGAGCCAAGAGGAUUGACAAAUCCCUGAGGUUCGAAGCCGGAGAAGAAGAAGAAGAGAUGACAAAGCCUCUAGCUCCUAAAGAAGGUCUCAAACCACGUAAGGUUGUGAGGUUUCAGUUAGAGAAUAAUAAGAUCUUCGAGCCGAAGAAGGCGGUGAGUUUCGAUGUUGAUCAAGAAGUCGAAGCAAAGGAAAAGCCUCUGGAAGUCAAAGAGGGUUUGAAUAUGGUUGAGGGGAAGGAGGAGGUUGUGAGGGUUAAGUUCAAGAUGACAAAGCAAGAAGCUCAAAGGCUAUUGUCCACAUGCAAAAACGGCAGCGUUUUAGAUUUUGAGCAUGUGGUGGACCAGAUUUCACACUUCCCGGUUCAUCAGCUUCAAGUCGAUGUGGUUGUGGUUGGUUCUAAUAAUCAGCGACAAGGAAAUGGCUUUUGGUUAUCCAAGCUGAAAUAA